AUGGAGACCCCCGGUCAGCGAGCCAAUGUAAAGACAGACGAUCCUGGCAGCAGCAGUACAGAGAAAACACAGCAAGGUGGAGCUACAGCCUCUCAGAAUGCCACAGGCUCUCAAUGGAAAGUGAAGGAAGAGAAUGGCUUUGACGGCGAACAUUCACAUCAUUUCACUGUGAAAUUCAGUCGACAUGGCCCUAAGGAAUACACCGUGAACUGUCAUCAACCUUGCACGGUGCUCGAGGCAAUAAAAUCAACUGAAAAAUACAAGGAGAAGGUUAAAAGUGCAGAUGCAAACAUUAUAAUUCAGCUGGGUAAAGAGGAUAAGGAAUCUAUUGUUCCAACACAUUUCCCUUGUUCUUGUAUCAGUGAUGAUGAGUGUCUGAUCAUAUCAUGUAAAAAAGAAACGAUCGAAGAGGCCCAAGACCAACAGAACAAAAUAAUUUAUCCAAGAGACAGUUAUAUAGUCUUCUUCAUAGAUACCAUAGGAGGUGUGAACGCCAAAUCAAAGGAGCUUUUUAGAAGCAGUGUUGUCAAACAGUACAAGACUCUCUGUGUUUAUGGAGAGAAGGGUAUGACUGUGGAAGCAGCUCUGAAAAGAGACGGUCGCUUCAUUGAUGACCUCGGCAAAUUUAGUCUGUCUGACAAUGAGAAUCCAAAUAUUCUCACUGACUGUACAGUAACAGUUGACAACCUUGAUCAGAAAUUACUCAAGAUAUGUCUUCCACUGAUCCAGAUCCAACAGUCUUUUAGCGAAGUUCACAGAGUCAGGAAUCUGCUGAAACUGGGCGAGUCAGUUUGUAAACUCAUUGUUAAGGAUGUUUGUGACGGAACAGGCUUUGUGCUGUUUGAUAACUUUAUUCUGACUAAUGCACAUUUAUUUAAAGAUUACGUUGAUGUCAAAAAGUUGCAGCUGGGUGUAGAUGUGUGGGUUCUAUUUAACUAUGAUGAUCCUGAGCCUGACACAAACUUCUACCAAUUCAGUUGUGAGAAAACAUUCAUUGACUUUGAUGUUGAGCUAGAUUAUGCCAUACUGAAGCUCAACCCUGAGGGCCGAAGCAACAAACAAAGAAGAAACACAACCAAAAUAAAAGUACCACCAGGGCUCCUGAAGAAAUUUGGUCCUUUGCCUCUGAAUGGUGAAGCCUGUAUCAUUGGUCACCCAGAGGGAGGAGUGAAAAAAAUGGAUUCUACAUGUAUCAUUGAGAAAGAGAAAAGGCUAAAGGCUAUCAAUGAUCAUUUACAGCCUUACACAGACAGUAAGUUCAUCAUCCAGUCAAUCAUUCAAGUGCUCAAAGCUCAAGGUACUGAACACAUAUUGUCCGGUGGAGUUCUAGCAGAAAAAGUAGUGACCUACAAAACCUUUAUGUAUCGCGGCUCCUCUGGUUCCCCAGUGUUUGAUGCUUUUGGCCGAGUGUUUGGUUUGCAUAGUCUUAUAUUUGCUUAUAACUUUGGAGACCAGCCACACAUUGUCAUGGGAUGUGCCUAUCCUCUGCAUAUUAUAUUUAAACAGUUUGUAAUCAAGCUGAAAGAAAGUGGAAAUUAUGAACUGUUGAGCAGAGUUGAGGAAGAAGCAAAAGGAAACAAAUUCCUAGAAAUGAUAUCUCCUCCAACUCCAUACAGUGAAUAUUUUAGAGUUGUCCGGUACUCUUCCAAAGUUUGUGAGAAAUCUGAAGGAAAAGAGGACUGUUGAGGAACUGUUGAAGAGAGAUGAGGAGAAUACAUUUAAGCAAUACCUUAAAAUCUUAUUUUCAUAUCUAAUAUUUGUAUUAUUUUCCCCCUUGAUUUUAAAAUAAGCGUUUUGAUGUUUCAAUCAAAUAAUUCUAUUGUUAAUUGGAGAAUUUGGGAAUUAAUCAAGAGAGUAACAAAUAAUUGUCAGUGUGUUAGUAUUUGCAGUUCAUAAGUCCUUAAUUUAACCGUUAUGUUCUAUGACGUUGCACAAGAUUUAAGAAGACAGAACAGAGACUAAUGUCAGUCUGUGUUCUAGGUUUCACUUAACUCCAACUUCAUGUUCUCCCCAUGUUCUCCUUCUGUCCACAAGAUGCCCCCAGACAUUUAUCUGUUUCCCUGCUCACUCACAAACCCCAUCCCAGUUCCCUCAUCACCCAGGCCAGUACUUGUUGUCAAGUUGUUGUCAGACACCUGAGUUUUGUUACCUGUUGUGCUUGUUUGCCUGCCUGUUCGUCUGUCUGCCAGUAAGGUUGUUUUUAUAUAUUAAAGCUUCUUCACUAUCA